UUAGAUUUAUUUGGACAUCUAAUUUAAUUUUAUGAGUUUCAGAAAAUAUUUACUCCCGUAGUAUUUUUCUAGAACUGUCUGGGGUGAGCGUGGUUCAUCCGGUAUAUGUAUAUCUCUAUUGCUUGUGUGGAUGUAUGAUAUGCAUGGUGGAUGAUUGUGGCUAUAGUUUAUUUGAUUAUAAUACGGCCUGCGUGUCGUGCCUUAUCUCUUAAACUCUUGUUGUAAAUCUAUUUCUCUCUUACCUCAACCGAGAAUUCUUUUCUCACGUGGUGGUAAUAAGUUGGGGUCAUCAAUGACAAGUCGGAUGAUUUUACUCACUCAUCCAGCCAGGAGUUGGAUCUUUAUGAUUUAAUUGGAACUCUAUUCCUAACCAAAGUAGUCUGCUUGUAAGACGUGCCUCAGCCAAUUACAAAUGGCAAACAACAACAACCCUUUCAACCUGCGUUACAUCCUGGAAAACAACAAGUUAUCUGGGACCAACUUUCUUGACUGGGAGAUGAACCUUCGAAUCGUUCUUAACUGUGAGAGGAAACUCUACAUCCUCGAAACGGAUCCUCCCAAGACCCCUGAUGCUAAUGCUCGUGCGUCCGAACUCACUUCCUUCAAGAAGUAUGAGAACGACGCGCGAGAUGUAAAGUAUGACAGCGGAGCUCCAAAGGCUCCACGCGGACAUGGAAGUGCGUCCUAUGAUACAAUGCUUAAGAGACCUUUACGAGGGUCAACCCCAAAACUCAGGUAUUUACGUUAUCGAAGUCAAUAUGUCUGAUAUCACCUCUUGGGUGAUGGAUACUGGAUGUGGUUCUCACAUCUGUACUUCUAUGCAGAACUUGCAUGAAUGUAGACAAUUGACGGAGGGAGAGAUACAACUAAAAGUCGGCAAUGGCGCACUCGUCUAUGCAUUGGCCGUCAGAACCUAUAGUUUAUCUCUAUCUAGUGGUCUAAUAUUGCAUUUGAAUAAUUGUCUGUUUGUACCUAGUAUGAGCAGAAACAUCAUUUCUGUAUCCUGCCUUGACAAAGCAGGAUUUUCAUUCGUUGUAAAAGACAAAACUCUUUCUGUCUUUAGAAAUGAUAUAUUUUAUGCAAGUGCAAAAAUGACCAACGGUCUCUAUGUCCUUGACAUGGAUACCACAAUAUAUAACGUAGAUGUUA